AUGAGUAGAGAAAACCAGUCCUCUACCCUGGAUUUCAUCCUCCUGGGAAUCACUGGUCAGCAGGAACAAGAAGACAUCUUCUUCAUCCUCUUCCUCCUCAUUUACCCCAUCACAUUGAUUGGAAACACACUCAUCAUCCUGGCCAUUCGCUCUGACACGCGCCUGCACAACCCCAUGUACUUUCUGCUUGCCAACCUCUCCCUUGUUGACAUCUUUUUCUCCUCUGUAACCAUCCCUAAGAUGUUGGCCAAUCAUCUCCUGGGGAGCAAAGCCAUCUCCUUUACAGGAUGCCUAACACAGAUGUAUUUCAUGAUCGCCCUGGGUAACACCGACAGCUACAUCUUGGCUGUGAUGGCCUAUGACAGGGCUGUAGCCAUCAGCCGCCCACUUCAUUAUACAACAAUUAUGAGCCCGUGCUCUUGUGUGCUGCUCAUUGCUGGGUCUUGGGUGGUUGGAAACACCAAUGCUCUCCCUCACACUCUGCUCACAGCACAUCUGUCCUUCUGCGGCAACAGGGAAGUGGCCAACUUCUACUGUGACAUCACCCCUUUGCUGAAGCUUUCCUGCUCUGACAUUAGCUUUAACGUCAAGAUGAUGUAUCUAGGGGUUUGUGUUUUUUCAGCACCAUUGCUCUGCAUCAUUGUCUCCUACAUUCGAGUCUUUUCCACAGUCUUAUGGGUUCCUUCCACGAAGGGUAUCCUGAAAGCUCUCUCGACCUGCGGCUCCCACCUCACAGUCGUCUCUCUGUACUACGGGACAGUCAUGGGCAUGUAUUUCCGCCCCCUGACCACUUACAGCCUGAAGCACGCAGUGAUCACUGUGAUGUACAUGGCAGUGACCCCAAUGUUAAAUCCUUUCAUCUACAGUCUGAGGAACCGGGACAUGAAGGCUGCUCUGGGAAAGCUCGUCAGCAAGAGAACCUCGGCCCAGUCACUGUGA